UAUGUUGCUGCAUGCGAGGCUCGCCGGCCAAUGAAAAGCGUUAUUAGUGUCGUGUGCCUUUAAGGCUGCGAGGCGCCGGCUGCUCGACUAUUCAUCUCCUGGUUGCUGUCCUCGGAGGGUGGUGCUGAAACCGCAUCUUUGCCACCGUGCAGGUCUUGCAGCCAUUUUCCGCGAAAUGAAAACAUGAGUGGCAUGAACCGGCAGCGCUGCUUUACAUCUCCAUGACAUAGAGCGGCGAAUAUUCGUCGACGAGAGCGCAAUGGUUAAGAGAAAAAGUUUGGACGAGACCGAUCAGGAAUGUGGAAGGGGGAUUCCAUUCCCAAUACAGACAUUUUUAUGGAGACAAACCAGUGCUUUUUUGAGACCAAAGCUUGGAAAACAGUAUGAAGCUUCCUGUGUGUCUUUUGAGAGAGUCCUGGUGGAAAACAAGCUUCAUGGUCUUUCCCCCUCAUUGUCUGAAGCAAUCCAAAGUAUUUCCCGAUGGGAACUUGUCCAGGCUGCUCUGCCACAUGUACUGCAAUGUACAUCUAUCCUACUGUCGAAUCGCAACAAGCUGGGACAUCAAGACAAACUUGGCGUAGCAGAGACCAAACUUCUGCAUACCCUGCACUGGAUGCUGCUAGAUGCAGCUCAGGAGUGUAAUCAUGAGGCCAGUUUUGGAGGUCGAGAUUCAAGCUGGUCAGAAAGCAGCAGUGCUUUCAUACACCAGUUGGAAAACCAGGGAUCUUCUGGACAGGGCCUGCAUGGUAGUUCUGCAGAAGAUGAUGAGCAAGCCAAACAGAAGAUGUUUCACAAGUCCAUGGCCACUGUUGAACUAUUUGUAUUCUUGUUUGCCCCACUGGUUAAUAGAAUUAAGGAGUCAGAUCUCACAUUCCGAUUGGCCAGUGGCCUUGUCAUUUGGCAGCCAAUGUGGGAGCACAGACAGCCUGAGGUUCCUGCUUUUACAGCACUCAUCAAGCCAAUCAGAAACAUUGUAACAGCGAAGAGGAACUCCCUGAACAAUCCGCAGAAAGACUCCUGUGAGGCGUCUAACCCGGGCUGCACGGGUUUCCAGGUGGUCUGCGAGACCUCACAGUCAGACUCGUUACUACCCAGCGCCAGUGUGCAGACCUGUCACCGUGGCAACUCCAUGGAGGGGAGUGGGCCUUCCCAGACCUCCAAGGAAAAACUGGCUGCUCAGAAAAGAGCAUCCCCCUUGGUCACACCGUCUCAGAGGUCUCGCUAUGGCACCUACUUUGAUGUGGCUGUCCUUCGCUGCCUUCUGCAUCCGCAUUGGUCUGAGGAAGGCAUUCAUUGGGCAUUGAUGUAUUAUCUCCAAAGACUGCGCCAGAUUCUGGAGGAGAAACCUGAGAGAGUAACAGAGCAGCUGCCCACACAACUGCCAAGACCUCGCAGCAGUUCAAUGGUGGCUGCCACGCCAUCUCUGGUGAACACACAUAAGACCCAGGACAUGACGCUAAAAUGCAAUGAAGAGGAAAAGUCCCUGAGUACAGAAACCUUCACUAAGGUUUCCAUGACAAAUCUGCGGAGACCGGCCGUUCCGGACCUGUCCACCGAUCUGGGCAUGAACAUCUUCAAAAAGUUUAAGAGCCGCAAGGAGGACCGUGAACGGAAAGGUUCUAUCCCCUUCCAUCACCCUGGGAAGAAGCGCCAGCGCCGCAUGGGAGUCCCAUUUCUUUUACACGAAGACCAUUUAGAUGUGUCACCAACCCGUAGCACGUUCUCCUUUGGAAGUUUCUCUGGAAUUGCAGAUGAACGUCGUGGGCUGGAGCGAGGGGGGUGGCAAACCACCAUCCUGGGCAAGUUCACUCGCAGAGGCAGCACUGACACCAAUACAGAAAUGGACAGCCUGAGUGCUAAACACUCUCAUUCCCAUCACACCCUCCUGAGUGACAUACCAGACCACUCCAACAGUCACGGGGAAAACACUGUCAAAGAAGUGCGAUCCCAGAUUUCCACAAUUACUGUGGCAACUUUCAAUACCACAGUGGCCUCCUUCAAUGUUGGCUAUGCUGACUUCUUCACCGAGCACAUGAAGAAACUUUGUAACCCGGUACCAGUCCCUGAGAUGCCCAUCGAGCCCCUUGCCUGCUCCAACCUGCCGCGCAGCCUCACUGACUCCUGCAUCAACUAUAGCUGCCAAGAAGACGCAGAGAGCAUUGAGGGUACAAACAAUUUCAUCCUCAAGAACGGGAUGCUUGAUCUGACUGCGAUCCUAAGAGCAGUCUAUGCUGUACUGACCCAUGAUAUCAGCUCCCGCAUCUGUGACGUGGCUCUGAACAUCAUUGAAUGUCUGCUCCAGCUGGGCGUAGUCCCUUCAGUGGGCAAGGUUUCCAGGACAGAAGGCAAGGAGAAUGAGCGCAAUGAGGCCAAAGUUAUGGAGGGCGUCAAUGUGAAAUCUGGAGGCGUGGGAGCAGCGCCAACUGGUGGCGGAGGAAAUGAAGGUGGAGGAGGAGGAGGAGGAGGGGGAGGAGGAGGAGAUGGAGGAGAUAGUGGCAGCUGUAGAGAAGACAACAAGCAAAACAAACAGCAGGACAACAAGGAUGACAAUGCUCCGCCAAGCCCUCAUAGAGUUGCACUCACAAUGCUGAUUAAAAUUGUCAAAUGCCUGGGCUGUGCUUAUGGGUGUGGAGAGGGUCACAGGGGCCUGUCAGGAGACCGUUUACGACUACAGGCCCAGAACUGUUUGACUCGUUUAUACAAACUGGAUAAGCUCCAGUUCCGACAAACCAUGAGAGACUACGUGAAUAAGGACUCCCUGAAUAACGUGGUGGAUUUCUUACACGCGUUGCUUGGCUUCUGCAUGGAACCCAUUACAGACAAAUACGGAAGUGCAGGUGAGAGAUCCAGGAGAGCGAAAAAACGAAACCUUGACAAAGCAGGAUUUGGGAAUAACUUCACCUCUGGGGACAAUAAGUCUGUCGCUCAGAAUAUGGAGGCAGUGGUUGUGGGCUGCAUGUUCAAAUCUCUGAUCACUCGCUGUGCGUCAACCACUCAUGAACUUCACAGUGCGGAAAACUUGGGCUUGUACUGUGACAUACGUCAGCUGGUGCAGUUUAUCAAAGAGGCUCAUGGGAACGUAUUUCGUCGUGUAGCACUCAGUGCUUUGCUGGAUAGCGCAGAGAAGCUCACUCCCAACAAAAAAACAGACAAUAAAGAGGAGCAGAAGGUUCCAGCAGGCAGAAGGUCUGAAACUGGCAACACGACUGAUAAGGGACAGCCAGCCUCCGCAGCUGACGAGUGUCGCAGUUACAUCUCGAGUCGGCCUCCGCAGACGCCUGAGCAUGAUGAGCAAGUACCUGGAGUCCUCCUGGGGAGAAAGGAUUUCUGGCGCAAAAUGUUCAAGUCUCAAAGUGCAGCGAGUGACACGAGCAGUCAGUCAGAACAAGACACAUCUGAGUGCACGACGGCCCACUCUGGGACCACCACUGACCGCCGCUCACGCUCCCGUUCACGGCGCAUCUCACUUCGCAAAAAACUGAAACUGCCAAUAGGGAACUGGCUGAAGAGAUCUUCUCUCUCUGGAUUCACCGAUGGAGUUGAAGACCUGCUGGAUAUCAGCUCUGUGGACAGGCUGUCUUUUAUGCGGCAGAGCUCAAAGGUGAAGUUCACCAGUGCAGUGAAGCUGUCUGAAGGAGGUGCAAUGGAGUACGGCCGGGACGAGGAGGAAAAUUUCUUCAAGCGUCUCGGUAAAUGGCGCUCCAGCCGAAGGAACCCAUCCAAGCUUCACCACACAGAAGAAAAAGAUGGGUGUCACAGCUUUCAAGAACGCUUGGCUGCCAGUCAGGAAGGAAUGAAAAACAAGAAUGUGGUCAACCUAGGAGCGAUUCGCCAAGGCAUGAAGCGCUUCCAGUUCCUUCUCAACUGCUGUGAACCGGGCACCAUUCCCGAUGCCUCCAUCUUGGCAGCAGCCCUCGACUUGGAAGCUCCUGUGGUGGCCAGAGCGUCUCUGUUUUUGGAGUGUGCACGCUUUGUGCACCGCUGCAACCGAGGAAACUGGCCCGAGUGGAUGAAGGGACACCAUGUCAAUAUCACAAAGAGAGGAUUGUCCCGUGGGAGGUCACCAGUGGUGGGCAACAAGAGGAACCAGAAGCUUCAGUGGAACGCCGCCAAACAUUUCUGCCAGUGGGGUGAUGCUAUUGGGGGCCGCUUGAGUGAACUCUGCCAUUCAGACAGCGAGAGCCCUGCCAACAUUUUGGGUUUCAUUUACGAUGAAGAGACAAAACGGCGAAUGAGGAAAGAGGAUGAAGAGGAGGAUUUCCUUGAUGACAAUACGGUAAACCCAACCAAAUGCUCCUGUCCUUUCGCUUUGAAGAUGGCUGCCUGCCAGCUAUUACUGGAAAUCACAACUUUCCUUCGAGAAACCUUUCCAUGUUUACCAAGACCUCGCACUGAGCCGCUGGUGGACCUGGAAAGCUGCAGACUUCGCCUUGACCCUGAACUUGACCGGCACAGAUACGAGAGAAAGAUUAGCUUUGCUGGAAUCCUGGAUGAUGAUGAAGCCAGAGAUUCUCUGAACAGCAGCAGCCACACCCUCAAGUCUGACACCACCUGUGACGAAAAGAAAAGCGCUGAUCCAGUUCCAAUACGUAAGAUAAGGAUCGGGGGAUCUCGACUGCUGCAGAUUAAAGGCACACGAAGCUUUCGUGUUAAAAAAGGCGGCUCGCUCUCGAGCAUUCGACGUGCUGGCAGCUUGAAGAGCACCAAACUGUCCAGGCAGGACUCCGAGUCUGAGAACGAAGAGGUCUUGCUGUCCCAGAGCAGAGACACCGUCACGGACAUUGGAAGCCCAUGGAGCACCAGUGAACCCAGCAUCGAACCCGAGGGUCUGAGCAGCACAGGCACUGAGGAAAAUUUCCAUCGAAACAUGUCCUGGCUACAUAUCAUCAUCCUUCUGUGUAACCAGCAGAGCUUCAUUUGCACCCACCUUGAUUUCUGCCAUCCCAGAUGCUAUCAGUAUCACAGCCGUUCGUGUGCCCGCCUGGUCCGGGCCAUUAAGUUGCUCUACGGUGGCACUGUAGACGGCCUCAAGGAGGACAGCUACACAACGGGUGCUGGCAUUCGUGCCAAGAAGAUCAAAGAGUGCUCAGACAAGUCCUGCCUCCGGACGCCAUCCCUCAAGAAAAGAGUGACGGACUCCAGUCUGGAAGGGAAAAAAGAUAUGGGCAUGCUGAAAUACAUUCGGAAUCAGGUCAUGAGCCUGGCGCCGGCCCCCCUGUCUCUCCUGAUCAAAGCUGCCCCCAUUCUGACUGACGACAUGUAUGGUGAUAUCCAGCCGGCGGCCUGGGAGCUGCUGCUGAGCGUGGAUGAGCACAUGGCUGCCGCUGCAGCCGCCAUGUUCCUGCUGUGUGCCGUGAAGGUCCCCGAUGCCGUCUCAGAUAUGUUGACGUCCGAAUUCCAGCACCAUGAUGUGGCACAGAGGAUUAACUCUGUGCUGAAGUUCUACACGCUGUGGCGCUUCAGAUACCAGGUGUGGCCGCGGAUGGAGGAAGGUGCCCAGCAGAUCUUUAAGAUCCCACCACCAAGCAUCAACUUCACUCUCCCUUCUCCGAUCUUGGGAAUCCCCUGUGUCCCUAUGUUCGACCCCCCGUGGGUGCCUCAAAGCACAGGAAGUGUCCAGGAUCCCAUCAGCGAGGACCAGUCUAAAUCUUUCUCGGCGAGAGCCGUUUCACGCUCCCACCAGCGAGCCGAACACAUCUUGAAGAACCUGCAGCAGGAGGAGGAGAAGCGGCGCCUUGGCAGGGAGGCCAGCCUCAUUACUGCCAUUCCGAUCACCCAGGAAGCCUGCUAUGAGCCCACCUGCAGCCCCCCACCAGAGCAAGAGGAAGAAGUAGAAGAAGUCCCAAACUUGGCAUCCCGCCGUCUUUCUGUGAGUCCUUCCUGCACGUCAAGCACCUCUCACAGGAAUUACUCGUUCCGCAGGGGCUCCGUGUGGUCCGUGCGCUCAGUGGCCAGUGCUGAAGAUGAAGAAAAUGCCACCGAGCACACGCCGACGCAUCACGUGUUGCAGCCUCCACAGGCGGUCUUCCCAGCCUGCAUCUGUGCAGCAGUCUUGCCUAUUGUUCACCUGAUGGAGGACGGAGAGGUUCGGGAAGAUGGCGUGGCAGUGAGUGCGGUGGCUCAGCAGGUGCUCUGGAACUGCUUGAUUGAGGACCCUGCACUUGUUCUCAGGCACUUUCUGGAGAAACUCACCGUUAGCAACAGGCAGGAUGAGCUCAUUUAUAUGCUGAGGAAGCUGCAGCUGAACAUUGGCGACAUGCCCGCCCAGACCUCACACAUUCUCUUCAACUACCUGGUGGGGCUCAUCAUGUAUUUUGUGCGCACACCUUGUGAAUGGGGGAUGGAUGCCAUUUCUGCCACCUUGACGUUCUUGUGGGAGGUGGUGGGAUACGUGGAGGGCCUUUUUUUUAAGGAUCUCAAGCAGACCAUGAAGAAAGAGCAAUGUGAAGUCAAACUCCUCGUCACAGCUUCCAUGCCAGGUACCAAGACCUUAGUCGUCCACGGACAAAAUGAAUGUGACAUCCCAACCCAGCUUCCUGUACACGAGGACACGCAGUUUGACGCCUUGUUGAAGGAAUGCCUGGAGUUCUUCAACAUUCCUGAAGCUCAGUCCGCUCAUUACUUUCUAAUGGAUAAGCGCUGGAAUCUCAUACAUUACAACAAAACCUACGUUCGAGAUAUUUACCCUUUCCGCAGAUCUGUUUCUCCUCAGCUGAAUCUGGUCCACAUGCUGCCCGAGAAAGGGCAAGAACUGAUACAGAAGCAGGUGUUUUCUCGUAAAUUGGAGGAAGUCGGCCGAGUGCUUUUCCUCAUCGCCCUCACUCAGCACAUUCCAGCUGCUCAUAAGCAAUCCCACGUGUCUCUUCUUCAAGAGGAUCUGCUGCGACUUCCGUCAUUCCCCAGAAACGCAAUUGACGCGGAAUUCUCUCUCUUCAGUGACCCCCAAGGGAAGGAAUUGUUUGGGUUAGACACGCUGCACAAGAGCCUGUGGAUCAAGCUGUUGGAGGAGAUGUUCUUGGGCAUGCCGAGUGAGUAUCCAUGGGGAGAUGAAAUCAUGCUCUUCCUCAAUGUCUUCAAUGGCGCCCUAAUUCUGCAUCCAGAGGACAGUGCUCUUCUCCGGCAGUACACUGCCACAGUUAUCAACACUGCUGUCCACUUCAACCACCUCUUCUCACUCAGUGGGUACCAGUGGAUCCUGCCCACCAUGCUGCAGGCCUAUGCGGACUAUGAGAGCAAUCCUCUGCUGAGACAGGCCAUUGAGUUCUCCUGCAGGCAGUUUUAUAUCCUCCAUCGCAAGCCGUUCAUCCUGCAGCUUUUUGCCAGUGUUGCUCCACUGUUGGAAUUUCCGAUCUGCACAAGCAGUGGACUCUCCAAAGGAGUGUCAGCUCAGUGUCUCUUUGACCUCCUGGUGUCCUUAGAGGGGGACACGCCUGACCCCCUGGAUGCACUGGAGCUGGUAAAGGCAGAGAAGCCACUGCGAUCAUUAGAUUUUUGCUAUGGAAACGAGGACCUGACCUUCUCAAUCAGCGAGGCCAUUAAGCUGUGUGUCACUGUGGUUGCUUAUGCACCGGAGUCCUUCAGAAGUUUGCAGAUGCUGAUGGUCCUGGAGGCGUUGGUCCCCUGCUUCCUGCAGAAGCUGAAGAAACAGACGGUGACCUUAGAAACGGCCUCAGCGGCUCGGGACGAGAUCGCCAUCAUUGCUUCCCUGGCCACAUCCCUGCAGGCCUUGCUGUACAGUGUGGAGUCCCUCACCAGGCCAAUGACAGCUCCACAGAUGAGCCGCGGUGACCAGGGACACAAAGGAGCGACUGCGGCCAACCACACCUUGUCUGGAGGAGUGAAUACCAGAGAUAACCUGCACCUCCUAGAAGAAGGCCAGGGCCUCCCCCGAGAAGAACUAGAUGAGCGAAUUGCUCGAGAGGAGUUUCGGCGGCCCAGAGAGUCGCUGCUCAUUAUCUGCACCGAGUUCUACAAGCACUGUGGCCCUCGACUCAAAAUCCUGCAGAAUGUGGCAGGUGAGCCUCGCGUCACAUCACUGGAGCUUCUGGACAUCAAGUCACACAUGAGGCUGGCAGAGAUCGCCCAUUCCUUGCUGAAGCUGGCCCCCUACGACACCCUGACGAUGGAGAGCCGAGGCCUGAGACGCUACAUUAUGGAGAUGCUGCCCAUCACCGACUGGACGACGGAGGCAGUGAGGCCUGCCCUCAUUCUCAUCCUGAAGAGACUUGACAGGAUGUUCAACAAAAUACACAAGAUGCCCACACUGAGGCGGCAGGUGGAGUGGGAAGCUGCCAGCAGCCUCAUCGAGGGGAUCUGCCUGACCCUUCAGCGACAGCCCAUCAUAUCUUUCCUGCCACACCUGAGGUCACUCAUUAAUGUCUGUGUGAACUUGGUUAUGGGCGUUGUAGGACCUUCCAGUGUAGCCGAUGGCUUGCCAUUGUUGCACCUGAGCCCAUAUCUAUCACCGCCUCUUCCCUUCAGCACUGCUGUGGUCAGGAUGGUGGCACUGCAGAUUCAGGCACUGAAGGAUGACUUCCCUCUUAGUCACGUGAUCUCCCCAUUCACCAAUCAGGAGAGACGGGAAGGAAUGCUCCUCAACCUGUUGAUUCCCUUUGUGCUCACAGUAGGGUCCGGCAGCAAAGACAGUCCUCACCUCGAGCAGCCGGAGGUGUUUCUGCUGCUUCAGACUGUUAUCAACAUCCUCCUCCCGCCACGCAUCAUUAGCACUUCACGCAGCAAAAACUUCAUGCUGGAAAGCUCGCCUGCCCACUGCUCCACCCCAGGUGAUGCUGGGAAGGACCUGCGCAGAGAAGGCCUAGCGGAGUCAACAAGUCAGGCAGCCUACCUGGCCCUCAAGGUGAUCCUGGUUUGUUUUGAGCGACAACUGGGCAACCAGUGGUAUCGGCUCAGUCUGCAGGUGAAGGAGAUGGCACUCAGGAAGGUGGGGGGGCUGGCCCUCUGGGAUUUUAUCGACUUCAUUGUGAGGACCAGGAUCCCAAUAUUUGUGCUGCUCCGACCUUUCAUCCAAUGCAAGCUCCUGACGCAGCCUGCAGAAAGCCAAGAGGAGAUCACAGCUCGGCACCACAUUGCCGAUCAGCUGGAGCGGCGCUUCAUCCCUCGGCCGUUAUGUAAGAGCUCGCUCAUCGCAGAGUUUAACAACGAGCUGAAGAUCCUCAAGGAGGCCGUCCACAGUGGCUCAGCUUAUCAAGGAAAGACUUCUAUAAGUACAGUUGGCACAUCUACCUCGGCCUAUCGCCUCAGCCUGGCGACCAUGUCACGUUCCAAUACUGGGACAGGAACAGUGUGGGAACAGGACAGUGAACAGUCCCAUCAGGCUUCACAAGACACACUGAGUCGUACUGAUGAGGAUGAGGAAGAAAAUGACUCGGUGAGCAUGCCCAGUGUGGUGAGUGAGCACGACGCGUACCUGAGCCGACGGCGCUUCUCAAGUCACGUGUCCAGCAUGUCUGCACCACAGGCUGAAGCAGGACGUGGCACGAUGCUGCCCAGCCAGAGUGAACCCAAUGUCCUAGACGAAUGCCAGGGGCUGAUCGCAGAGGGUAACCUCUCUAGAGUGGCGAGUGUUCAGAGUGAACCCGGACAGCAGAAUCUGCUCCUUCAGCAGCCACUUGGAAGAAAGCGAGGACUGCGCCAGCCAAGACGACCCCUGCUGUCCAGGCAGAAGACUCAGACCGAGCCUCGCAGUCGCCCGGGGGCUCGCCUGUCCACCACCCGCCGGAGUAUUCAGCCCAAAUCGAGGCCUCUGGAACAGAAGAGGUCGGUGACCUUCACGGAAGCACAAGAGGCAACUGUGAUUGGCCCUGCCGAGGACAAAAAGGAGCCUUCAUCCAAUCACAAGAGUCUGGAAGGAGACGCGAAAUCCAAGCCACUGGCCUCCUCUUCAAGUGCGGACGCCGAGCGCCACAGUCCUGUCACGGGCAGGGCCGACUCGACGGAACCAAAGGCUAAAGAGCGUGAAGAACCGCGGACCACCUUGUGUCCCCCGCCACCGCCCAUCCUGGAAAUCACGCCGUCCCCGGAGCCGCUGCCCGAGAGCCCGGAGGACUUUGCAGGAGAGGAGACCCGAAGUUUGCUUCAGCAUGCGGCCACCGUUCUGCACAUCAGCGAAGACAACGGCACCGAGAACCCCCUGCUGUCUCCGGCCUUCAUAUCGUCUUACGGAGACCCCCAGCCGGCGGGCGACGGGUCUCACGUCUGAAUGGCAGCCGGACAGGUGAGGAGCAGUGGGACUCCACGAGUGACGCCACACUGGGCUCAAGGGGUCUUCGUGCUGAUUCUGAAAGAGCCGAGGCCCCCCUGAGUCAGCAAGCCACUGAUCCCCCAGAGCCCACCCUUAGUCUGUCCCUUUUCUAUGAACAGGGUCACCCAUCCGUUUGAUCCUCUUUUUCAUUUUUCGCAGACCUCCAUAACUCCACUUUGACAGUAGGGAGACCCCCAGCAGAUUACAGGUGAUUGAAACGGCCCCCCAGAGUCUCGGGCCAAGGUGGGCUGCCAUGAACAGGUGUUCAUUUUGGUCCGUGGCUGGCAGCCCCACGCGUAGUGCCCACUCGGCACAGAUUGUCCCAAAGUGCAAGGCACCACUGUGUCACAGACACAGAGGGGUGGGUGGCAGGUGACGACAGAGUGACCCUCUCAGGCGUCAUGGAGGAACACAACAGAAAAUGUGCGGCCGAGGGAACUCGAGAUGGCGUGGCGGGCGUUUGUAACAACAGUCUAGCCAUCGGCGGGCAUUUGUGACUCUCGCCCAGACAGCUGGUGCCCAUCCCGGCUCGCCCCAACCAGGACUCGAGAGACAUCGCCACCACGUCAUGUCACCGGUUACAGAGUGGGCCGUCGUGCUGCCAUUACAGCAGUUUGUGGGCCUUCAGUGAACUCCUGCUAGCUUCACCAGUGGGCACUGCAGUGUGGCAGCUGCUUUAGUGGGCAUUUGGACCUUCAGCAUGUCCAAGUGAAGACGUCGUGCCCACGUGACUUUCUUCCUUUGUUUCCUGCUCCUGCUUUACGCCGUACCUACCAACUACAGGAGCACCACAAAUAACAGGACACAGUGUGCCCAGAGUGGCACUGGCAAGGAGCCCCUAAAAUGACCAGCCCACUUCAACAUGUCACAUGCAGGGCUCUCUGAAAGUUGCCAAGAAACCCAAACUGCACUUCAGAGACUCGGGGAGGACACGGAGAGCAGGAGACGGGCAGCACUGGGGUGGCAGGUAUGGAGUUGGUAUGGAUGGCAGGCUUUACUGCCCGCAGCUAAACAUGUGUCUUGUGUCAUGAAGCGUCUUCUGUACUUUUUAAAACCUCACUUGGCAUUAAAAUGCUUUCACUGUGCACCCAAAA